AUGCAGCGUGAGAGGUCCCGAUCGCCCCGUCGUCGCUCUUCUCGCAGUCCCCGACGUAGCCGUCGCUCGUACUCGCCGCGCAGUCGCUCUCGCAGUCGUGACGAUUAUCGUCGCAGUGAGCGCCGUUCACGAACUCCGCUGAGUGCUUCUGGUGCUGCUGGACCGUCGGACUCGUCUUACGGUGGACGCAGUGGUUAUCCGGGUAGAUCGUUUGAGGAUCGUUCCGCCGCCAAAGAGAACAUGAUGCAAUCGGUUCGCGACUCGUCCCAGCAAGACCGCCGGGUCUAUGUGGGCAACCUUUCCUAUGAUGUCAAGUGGCAUCACCUCAAGGACUUUAUGAGACAGGGUGAGCAGGGUCGCGCCGUGGGGGUCGUUUCGAUUGUGGAAUACGCGACCAGGGAGCAAGCACAAAACGCCGUCAACACGCUUAGCAACCAAAACCUGAUGGGGCGUCUUGUCUACGUCCGCGAGGACCGCGAAGCCGAACCCCGUUUCGUCGGCGGUCCCCCGCGUGGUGAAUUCGGUGGCCGCGGAGGUUUCGGCGGUGGCUUCGGUGGUGCCGGUGGCCCCGGCGGCGCCGGCGGCGGUGGUCGACAACUUUAUGUGGCCAACCUCCCGUUCAACGUUGGCUGGCAAGAUCUGAAGGAUUUGUUCCGCCAGGCAGCCCACCAGGGUGCCGUCAUCCGCGCCGAUGUGCACACUGACCCCACCGGCCGCCCCAAGGGCUCUGGUAUCGUCGCGUUUGAGUCUCCGGACGACGCGCGCAACGCCAUCGCGCAGUUUAACGGAUACGACUGGCAGGGUCGCACGCUGGAGGUUCGCGAGGAUCGCUUUGCCGGUCCCGGUCCUGGCUUCGGCGGCCGCGGAGGCUACGGCGGAUUUGGCGGUCGUGGUGGAUUUGCUGGCCGUGGCGGCUUCGCCGGUCGCGGUGGCUUUGGUGGUGGUUUCCGUGGUGGCUUUGGCGGUCCUCCCGGUGGAUUUGCGGGCGGAUUCGACAACGCUGCUCCCGCGGGCCCGCCGAACCCCUUCACCGACUUUGCCACCUCUGGAGGCGACAAGAGCGCGGUUAUCUACGUGCGCAACUUGCCCUGGUCGACUUGCAACGAAGACUUGAUCGAUCUGUUCUCGACCAUCGGCAAGGUCGAGCGGGCUGAGAUCCAGUACGAGCCGAACGGCCGCUCCCGUGGCACGGGCGUGGUCGAGUUCGACACGCCGGACACGGCCGAGACCUCGAUUGCCAAAUUCACCGGGUACCAGUACGGUGGCCGCCCCCUGGGCAUCACCUUUGUCAAGUACCUGAACGCGGGUCCCGGUCCUGGGGACAUGAUGGAGGGCGCCGAGCCGACGGCCGGCCUUACGCAGGACCAGAUCAUGUAA